AAGUGCUCUCCCGGCCCUUGUAGCCGGCGUGACUUUGAGCACUCGGCGCUGAGAACUGGUGCAGUGUUCGCUCUGAGCGGCGGGAUUCCGCGUUUUUGCUCUGGCUAUGAGAAUGCUGGGGUCCGCCGCGGCCGUGGCUCUGGGUCACCGGCCGCUCUUUCGGAUCCCUGCAUCCCUGGGCUGGCAGAGGAAGCAGAUUAAUGGGAAUUUCUGCCGAUGGUGUUCAUCAGGGAUAAUUCCUAAUGAAAAAAUCCGAAAUAUUGGAAUCUCAGCUCACAUUGAUUCUGGGAAAACUACAUUAACAGAACGGGUGCUUUACUACACUGGCAGAAUCGCACAGAUGCAUGAGGUGAAAGGUAAAGAUGGAGUUGGUGCCGUCAUGGAUUCCAUGGAACUAGAGAGACAGCGAGGAAUCACUAUUCAGUCAGCAGCCACCUAUACCAUGUGGAAAGAUGUUAAUAUCAACAUUAUAGAUACUCCUGGCCAUGUGGACUUCACAAUAGAAGUUGAAAGAGCCCUAAGAGUGUUGGAUGGUGCAGUCCUUGUUCUCUGUGCGGUUGGAGGGGUACAGUGUCAGACCAUGACUGUUAAUCGUCAGAUGAAGCGCUACAAUGUUCCGUUUUUAACUUUCAUUAACAAAUUGGACCGAUUGGGCUCCAACCCAGCAAGGGCCCUGCAGCAAAUGAGGUCUAAACUAAAUCAUAAUGCAGCAUUUAUGCAAAUACCCAUUGGUUUGGAGGGUAAUUUUAAAGGUAUUAUAGAUCUUCUUGAGGAACGAGCCAUCUAUUUUGAUGGAGACUUUGGUCAGAUUGUUAGCUAUGGUGAGAUCCCAGCUGAAUUGAAGGCGGUGGCAGCUGAUCAUCGGCAGGAGCUGAUUGAGUGUGUUGCCAAUUCAGACGAGCAGCUUGGUGAACUGUUCCUAGAAGAAAAAAUCCCUUCAAUUUCUGAUUUAAAGCUUGCAAUUCGAAGAGCUACUUUAAGUAGAUCAUUUACUCCUGUUUUUCUGGGAAGUGCCUUAAAGAACAAAGGAGUUCAGCCCCUUUUGGAUGCUGUUCUAGAAUACCUCCCAAAUCCAUCUGAAGUCCAGAAUUAUGCUCUUCUCAAUCAGGAGGAUGACUCGCGAGAGAAAACCAAAAUUCUAAUGAACUCCAAAAGAGACAGUUCCCACUCAUUUGUAGGCCUGGCUUUCAAACUGGAGGCAGGUCGAUUUGGACAGUUAACUUAUGUCCGCAGUUACCAGGGAGAGCUGAAGAAGGGUGACACCAUCUAUAACACCAGGACUGGGAAGAAGGUGCGGGUGCAGCGGCUGGUGCGCAUGCACGCUGACAAGAUGGAGGAUGUUGAGGAAGUAUAUGCUGGAGACAUCUGUGCCUUGUUUGGCGUUGACUGUGCUAGUGGAGACACAUUCACAAGCAAAGAUAACAGUGGCCUUUCUAUGGAGUCAAUUCAUGUUCCUGAUCCUGUCAUUUCAGUAGCAAUGAAGCCUUCUAACAAGAAUGAUCUGGACAAAUUUUCAAAAGGUAUUGCCAGGUUUACAAGAGAAGAUCCCACAUUUAAAGUCCACUUUGAUGCCGAGAGCAAAGAGACAAUUGUAUCUGGAAUGGGAGAACUACACCUGGAAAUCUAUGCUCAGAGAAUGGAAAGAGAAUAUGGCUGUCCUUGUAUCACAGGAAAACCAAAAGUUGCCUUUAGAGAGACCAUAACUGCUCCUGUUCCGUUUGAUUUUACACAUAAAAAACAAUCCGGUGGUGCAGGCCAGUAUGGAAAAGUCAUAGGUGUCCUGGAGCCUCUGGACCCAGAGAACUACACUAAGUUGGAGUUUACAGAUGACACAUUCGGGACAAAUGUCCCAAAACAUUUUAUACCUGCAGUAGAAAAGGGGUUUUUGGAUGCCUGCGAGAAGGGCCCACUUUCUGGUCACAAGCUCUCUGGGCUCCGGUUUGUUCUGCAAGAUGGAGCGCACCACAUGGUCGAUUCCAAUGAAAUCUCUUUCAUCCGAGCUGGAGAAGGUGCUGUUAAACAAGCUUUGGCCAGUGCAACAUUGUGUAUCCUGGAACCUGUUAUGGCUGUGGAAGUUGUAGCUCCGAAUGACUUUCAGGGACCGGUAAUCGCGGGAAUUAACCGGCGCCAUGGGGUAAUCACAGGGCAAGAUGGAAUUGAGGACUAUUUUACACUUUAUGCAGAUGUCCCUUUGAAUAAUAUGUUUGGUUAUUCUACUGAACUUAGGUCAUGUACAGAGGGAAAGGGAGAAUACACAAUGGAAUACUGCAGGUAUCAACCAUGUUUGCCAUCAACACAAGAAGAACUCAUUAAUAAGUAUUUGGAAGCUACAGGUCAACUUCCUGUAAAAAAAGGAAAAGCCAAGAACUGAAUUUCCUCAUUUUAUUUAUUUUAAUUGAAUCUGCAAGGUUUGGGAAUGGUAGAUUUCAAAGGUACAAAUUCAAGUUGCUGAAACAAAUUUUAGAAGCCUUUCCUAUUUCACAUUCAGGAGCUUCUAUUAUAUUCAAAGAUAAUUCUGUGUAUAUUUCAAUUUUGCUGAUUUGGUUUUAUAGUUCAUUAAACAACCUUGAAUAAGAUAUGACUUUUACAGUACUGAAAUAUAUUUAACAUUUAAAGGAAGCGAUUUGUUUCAGUUACACUUCUAAGCUUGAAAUAUGUGCAAACUUCUUUCCAAAUUUUUUCUUUUAAUCAUGAGAAUUUUCAAAAUAUAGAAAUGCUGAGAAAACAGUUUGUACCAGAAUAGCUAUACAGUUUUCAUCUAAAUUCAGCAGUGACAGUGGUAACAGUUUAUCAAAUGAUAGUUUGUUUCUUUAUGUCUCAUACAUUGACUUAAAGGAAAUUUUAUACAUCAUGACACUUCUUGGAGUGUCAUUAAUGGGCAAGCGCUUUUUGUUUGGGUGGAUUCCAUAUGUUUUUGCUAGAGAGCAACUUUUUAAAUUCUUCACUGGAUUAUUAAAAUACUGGUUAGCCGGGUAUGGUGGUGAAUGCCUGUACUCCCAGCACUCAGGAGGCUGAGGCAGGGGGAUUGCCAUG